AUGCCGAUGGCUUCUUCUUCUAUCAACCAAGUUGAACCGACGAUCGACAGCUUUUUGGCUUGUUGGACACUCCUGUCGGCACGCGUCGUCGUCGUCACCGGGGAGGCCGCGGCCAGCAACGAGCAUUUGCUUCAGCAACUGGACUUCUGGCGAGAGAAGGCCAAACAGCUUCUGGCAUCACUUGGCCUUCAAACUCUUCCAGAGGACAUCGACGUGCAGCUGAGGAAGCUGGAUGAGUCGGGCGAUGAAGACACGGAGGCUGCGCCGAACACAGAUGAUGCCAAUGUGCAUGCAGCUGAGGACUGUGCAGCUCAAAGGGCCGCCAUCCAGGUGCUGGAGGCGUCGCUGGCGGAGCUCAUGCGAAGCUCUGAAGAGAUGAUGGGCCGAGUGGACGAGCAACAUCGACACGAGCGGGAGUUGGCUGCGAAGCUUGAAGCCGUGGAGGCGCUCUCUGCGGCACAAGCGCGUGAGGAAGGGCUACUGCGCCGGAAGCUGGAGGAAGCACGUGCACCGGCACUCGACGCACCGCGCCUCGCUCCAGCUGCUUCGUCCGACUCGGAGCACCGACGCUCAGAGCUCACCCAGCUGAAAGCGCAGGUCGAAGACUUGCGCCGAUGUGCCGCGGAGUGGUCACAAGAGAAUUCUUCCAUGGAGGCUCGGCUGGGACGGCUGCGUGAGAAGGCGGCAGAGGAUCUGGAGCGCGCCGUACCUUCCGAAGCUAAACUCUGGACCUGGCUGGAUGAACCAUUGCUGAAGCUGGUGACGCUGUUGGUCAAGUCGACGUGCUUGCGAAGAUCCUUCGCCUUGCAUUUGCUGGCCACGUGCAAACGCGAUCGCGGGGGCGUACUUGAAGUGAAUAAGACUUGGCUUGCGAUACAGAUCGAUUCAGAUGUGCUGUGUCAUGACGGCAAUUUCCGGCAUUUCUUUUGCAUUUGGGCUCGAGACCAGCACGGCUUGGGCACUCCAGCAAUGUCGAAGUGUGCUCCCCAGACUCGGGAGAGAGAACAUCACCGCGAGGGGGAGAGCGAAGGGGUGAACAUCAAAGGGUUUGCGUUUUCAGAGAUCACCGGAGCGGUGAUUUUGAUUGGCCCUUGGGGCAUACUGGCGAGUGUGGAAGCUGCAAUGACCUACAUGCUGAAGCAUGGGGGAUACUGGUGGGAUGAACGAUGCUUCGUUCUGAAAGUCAUGAGCAAGUUCAUGGCAGGGAUGUUUGGAUUCUUUGCGAUUGGAGUGGCCCUUUCCCAUGUUUUUCGCUUCACCACAGCCUCCUUGGCAGGGAGCCGCAACACCGAGUUCCUGAAGCUCGUGGAGCGAACAGAGGGUGCCUUUCAGUCUGGAGAUGACACUGCCGUGGAGGAAGUGAGACGAAUCCUGGCAGAAGUUCGAGUUCAGUACGAUCAAGUGCACCUGGAGUCCGAGCGCCGGGAGGCUGAGAUUGCGAAGCUGCGCGAGCAGAUUCGCGUGGCUGACCGGAGCCAUGGUUACGGAGCAGAUGAGUCCACCAAGAAGGAGGACUCCUGCCACGCAAUCAACAAGCAGUUCGAAGAGACCACCAGGGCCUUGGUGGAAGCCAAGACAUCAAAGAAGGUCUACACUCACAUGUGUGAGAGGAUUACAAAAGAACAGGCGCUCUUGAAGGAGAAGCUCCUUUUAAUGGAGGCGCACCUGCAGAGAAAGUCGGCCGAAUCACAAAGGAAGGUUGCUGUUCAGGAACGUCUCGUGCGCAAAGGAGCUCAAUGUUCCCAGGACUUGGACAUUUUAGAACAAGAUGUGGAACACGAACGAGUGGUACGCGAAGAUGCCUUGGCAAAGAUGGCAUCCUGUCUACAGGCCAAGAUCGAAGCGGGCGAGCGCCGCAAGAAGUUUGAGGAGUGGCGUCACGAGGUGGCACUGGAUGCGGCGAACGAAGCCUUCAACGCCUCCGCCGGCCGCCUGCGCAAGCUCUACGCGGUUGAGAAGCUCGCCGGCAAUUGCCUUCAAAAGGUGACCUUCGAGCAGGUGGAGAGAUCUCAAAAUACCGAGGACGGGUUUCAGAAGAUCAGAGAGGUCACUGGUCUUGCAGACGUCAUGGACAUUGUGCACAAGUUCCUGAACCGAGACGUCGAGCACGAGCAGCUCAAGAGCUCCGUGAAGGAAGCGGAGAUGCGCUUGGAUACCUUGCGGGAGCAGUUUGAGCGCUUCAAGCGAGACACCGAUGGCAUCACCUUCGACACCGACACCUCGGGCAAGUCGAGGGCGAUCUACCUCGAGGUGGAGGAGCACGAGGCGAAGCUCAAUCUUUGCCAGAAGGAGCACGAGCAGAGCCGUGACAAGCUCCAACAGAGCACUUUGCAGGUGGAGCAUAUGAAGCGAUGGGCGAAUCGCAUGGGCCGCUCCCUCUCCAUGUUCGAGGACUGUGUUCGUGUGGAAAAGCCUUCGGACCUUCCUGUGUUUUACCAACAAAUGCAGAGAGCUGUGGACAAAUUUAUUGCCCACAUUGUGCAGCAGAUCUCGUCCGGUAAGGUGCAGAGGAAGAACAUGGCCCAAGUGGCCAGCAAGGAGUACCACGAGGCACGCAGGCUCUUGGCCGACAAGGACUUCCUCAAGGUGAAUUGUCGCGUUCCAGCAUCGUUAGAUGCUGGUCGACCUCCAUCGCGUCAGGGUGCAACUGGUGCUCCAGAAGAAGAUGCCGCAGACGUUCAUCAGCAAGAGCGUGAAAGGUGCAAGAAGGAAUCGAUGGAUCGUGUGGCCGCGUCUGAAAUGCAAAAGAAGAGGACGGGCAUCGGUACUCGUGGCUGUUCUUCUUGGUUUUCUGGCUGGAGAAGCAUCCCUGAGAAGCAUCCUGCCUUCAGAGGACAGAUGGAGGUGCCAUCACGGCUUUCGCCAGAAACUGGCGGGACCUUCGGGCAGGCUUACAAGCCCAAAGAAGCGGCCUUCUAUGGCAGGCUCAAGGAGGCGACCUUGGACCUGGGAGCCGCCCAUAUUGACUCCCUGCGCGCGAUUUUUACCUCGCGCAUGGUCCAAACUCGAGCACGUCUUCAUGGACUGACUCUCUCAAACUCGCAGAACCUCGAAAUGAAGCGUCAUCAUUCUGGACUUCGGGGCAAUGUCCUGGCGCUGGGCUUAGGCCUUUUGGAGCGAACAGAGGCAGUUUUAGACUUGCUGCUGCAACUGGCUGAGAGUCAAGAGCAUAGCGAGGUGACCUCAGUCAAAGAUGCAGAGGCCGACGAUGGUCCACGUCCGAUCAGCUUCCUACAAGUGCCUCGCGUCAUUUCCACGCAGGUGCUACAAACCUUUGUGAUGCCACUGUCACAAUCCCACACGGUGAGAGUGACCUACGUGGGAGUGCAGGACACAUGCUCAUCCUUAAUGCAGCUCCUGCGCGUCCAAGAGCUUUGGCAACUUCUGCGAGGUUUACAUAGCUGGGCCCAGGAGAAACAGAAGGAACUCACGGACGACCCGUCCAGUGACGCUCCUGUUACAGUUCGUGCUGCCACCCUGGCGCGCAGAGGAUGCGAGAGGCUCCUGGGUGAAGCCCGCUUCGAGCGCCUUUUGAAUAGCCACAUUCUCGUCCGUAUUCUUGGAGAGAGAUCUGCAACUUCUGCAGAGGCGGACUUUCAUCAUGAUGAGAAUGUUGAGACAGUGCUGCUCGAAGAAGCCCAACACCACGACUUGACCAGGUUGGAUGACGUGGGGGAGUUGCAGAGCGGACGGGGGCGGUGCAUUCAUUUAGUGGUGAAGAAUUCCUUCUUUGAGCUCGUUGAGGAUGACAGCCCGCGAGAAAUGCGCCGUGCACAAUCCUGCGAUGCAGUCUUUGCAGCUGUCGAGACGGCGCAGGCGUCCACGCAGGGGGAGUCAGCGCUUCCAGGUAGCCCUGCGAGCCGAGAAGCAACACCUUUAGCUAGGGACCGAAUAGAAGAUACAGAUCUACCGCAUCCCUCAGGCUCUUCAGACCCGGUGACGGGUUCAGAACCUGCGCGCAUCGCGAGCUCCAGCGCGGCACACCCCACCGAAGUUGUGGGCAAUGCGCCCGCGGAAGCGACCGCAUCUGGAGGCGAUGAACUCGUGGAAGACCAUGAGCGGAUGACAGUGAUGCUUCGCAACAUACCACAAGAGUAUACCCGGGGCCACAUUCUAGAGCUCCUUGACCGGGCGGGCUUUCAUGGAAGGUACGACUUUGUGUACCUUCCAGUGGACUUUACCAGAGGCCGCAGCCUAGGGUAUGCUUUAGUGGGACUUAUAAGCCAUGAAGCUGCCCGUGAACUUCUUGACAGUCUUGAGGGCUGUAGCUUCGGAGAAGACCCAUCUGGGCUCCGCUGUCAAGCUUCAUGGAGCCAGCCCCAUCGAGGCCUUUCGGGUCACAUCGAACGCUACCGCAACAGUCCUGUGAUGCAUCCAAGCAUGCCGGAUGAGUACAAGCCCGUGAUCUUCCUGAACGGCGAGCGUGUGGACUUCCCUCCGCCGACCAAGACGAUCCGGGCGCCGCGCAUCCGACAUCCCAAGCAACGCCGUCCGCAAGACAGGACAUGA